AUGGUUGCAGCAAUAGCUUCUCUCCGUCUUACUCAAAAGGCGAAAAACGAGCUGAUCCAAGUGGAGGACAUUGACGAUAAUCCGAUGGAGAAAGAGUUGAUGACAAAGUGUAGUGAGUUCCCAAAUCCUGACCUAUUGAUCAGAACGAGCGGAGAGCAACGGAUCAGUAACUUCUUCCUAUGGCAAUCAGCUUACACUGAACUCUACUUUCCUAAUGUUCUAUGGCCUGACUUUGGAGAGCUGAGUAUCUCCAGGCAUCGACUUGGUAUCAGCAGAGGAAUAGACGAUUGGGUCGCAGAGUUUAAAGUCAUGAUGUCUCACAAAUAA